GAGGGUCUUAGUAAAAUCCCCUGUAUGCCAGCGUUCCGAGAAAAAACGGAUGAACUAGAUGCGUACAUAGACCGUUUUGAACGGCAUGCAACUUUGAGUAAAUGGCCAAAGGAUUGUUGGGCGUCUGCUCUAGGCAACUUGUUGACAGGUCCCGCCCUAGAUGUAUAUUGUUCAAUAAGCGCAGAGGAGGCAACCGAUUACGAUCUCCUUAAGAAUAUGCUAUUGCAAUACUUUGCUCUUACGAGUGAAGGAAAUUGGAAACGCUUUCGCGAAGCGAAGAAAGGCGGAGAAGAAUCUUAUUACCAAUAUGCUAACCGUUUGAUUCGUUACGUCACGCGCUGCAUUGAUUUGAGCGGCAAAGAAAAGACAUUUGAUGCGUUGUUGGAUGUAGUAGUUCGUGAACACAUUUACGAGACAUCGGAGCGUUCAUUGUCUGUAUUUAUGCGGGAGAGAAAUCCUGAAAACAUUCCAGAGCUAAUUUUGCUAGCUGAGCAAUAUAGGAGUGCGCAUGUGUCAGCUACAACUGACUUCGGUAGACGCGCACGCCGUGAAGAAAGUGCUCGCAAAUUGAGAGAUGGUAAAAGUAAGGACUGGAGCGACAAAAGUCCUAAUUCAAAAGCUUGCUAUACUUGCGGUAAAUCAGGUCAUUUUAUGGCUAGGUGUCCAAACAAAAAGGGCAGUAAUUCGAGAGACGGGUCAGGCAAGUUAAGCUCGGAUUCGCGUAAGCAAUCAGUGAACGCAUGCGUAGUCGGCGUAUGUCCGGAUACGUCAACACCGCAAACGCAAGAUGUUGGUCCCGAUUCAGCUACGGUAAAGCUGCAGUGUGGUCAUGAAAUUCCGUUGCUUUAUACGGCUUGCACAGUAGAAUCAGAUAUGCCCACUUGUGAUGGCAGUAUAAAUGGCAAGAAAAUAACAGUUUUGCGCGAUUCAGGUUGUAGUUGCGUGAUUGUUCGUACGAAUUUAGUGGAGAAGGCUCAGUUUACAGGAAAAACAAAGCUAUGUAUGCUAAUUGACCGAACAAUUAGACGGAUGCUAGAGGCAAGGCUGUAUAUUAGUACCCCAUAUUUCCAAGGUAAUGUGACAGCAUUAUGUGUUGAUAACCCGUUGUAUGAUUUAGUCAUCGGAAACAUUACAGGUGCCAGGAAACCUGGAGAUGAGGAUCAGAACUGGGCCUACACUGAGGCGAGUGACGGCGAGUCAUCCAUCAAGGAGGAUAGAUCUCCCUGUGACAGUGAUCCUGAUGACAUAAAGGGGACACCUGUAAGAGAGCAGAGUACGCCCUCAUCGUCGGAGACCACAGAAGAUGAUCUGUCAGGCGUUACUCAAGUACCAGACGAAAAGAUACUGAAUGAUGUAUCCCAGCCACACAGCCAGGAUGAUGUCAUCAUUCAGGAGGAACCAAGUGAGUUGAUGAGUGAGUCAACUAUCCAUGAGGAGAUGGAACAAGGAGCAGGAGUGGAGACUCGAGGGACGAAGAGACGAAAGGAUCGGCCAUUUAUGAGUCUUGGGUCGGCGAAGCAGCAGGAGUGUACCGCUACCCGUGAAGAUGUUAUUGCAGCACAGAAGGCAGAUGCAACGCUGAAGAAACUAAGAGAUUUAGCAGAAAAGGGUGAGUCAAAGCUUGUAGGGAAGAAUAGCGAAGUGAGAUUUUACUUCAAGAAUGGUCUUCUAUUCCGUGAAUACAGGUCACUAGGUAACACCCAGGGGAAGACGUUUACUCAACUGUUGGUACCCAAGCCGUUCAGAUCUCAAGUUCUUCGACUAGCUCAUGACUCUGCAUUAGCUGGACAUCUGAAGACAAGGAAGACGAUUGACAGGAUCCUGACGCAAUUCUUCUGGCCUGGUCUACAAUCCGAUGUCAAGCGUUAUUGUGCUUCUUGCGAUGCAUGUCAACGUACAAUGCCUAAAGGACGGAUUGGUAAGGUGCCACUUGUAAUUCCCCCUUUGAUAGAUACUUGUUUCAAACGAAUUGCAGUAGAUUUGAUAGGACCCCUAGAUCCCAUUACUGAUAGAGGGAAUAGGUAUAUCUUGACUUUGGUUGAUCUAGCUACUCGCUACCCUGAGGCAGUAGCCCUACCUAGAAUUGAAGCUGAGCGUGUGGCAGAGGCCCUAGUUGAAAUAUUCUCACGCUUAGGUGUACCUAAUCAAAUAUUGUCUGAUAAUGGUACUCAGUUUGUUUCGGGAGUUAUGAAAGAAGCUGCCCGAUUGUUAGGAGUUAGCCAGUUUCACACUACUCCUUACCAUCCAAUGGCCAAUGGAGCAUGUGAACGGUUCAAUGGGACCCUAAAGCAAAUGUUGCGUAGGAUGUGUCAGGAAUGUCCUAAAGAUUGGGAUAGAUACUUACCCGCGCUUCUGUUUGCGUAUCGUGAGGUUCCACAUGAGAGUCUUGGAUACUCUCCAUUUGAAUUAAUGUAUGGGAGAACUGUUAGGGGACCCAUGACUAUUCUCAAGGAGUUAUGGUCUACAGAAGUCCCAGAAGAAGAAGUCAAAUCAAUUUAUCAGUAUGUCAUUGAUUUGCAGGAACGACUAGAGUCGACUUGUGAGCUCGCUAGGAAGGAGCUUACGAAGGCUUCAACGAAGUACAAGACUCACUUCGACGUUAAGGCGAAGGAGAGGAGAUUUGAGUGUGGUGAUCAAGUUCUUCUACUUCUACCAACUAGCAGCAAUAAGCUACUCAUGCAUUGGAGAGGUCCUUAUGAGGUCGUGAAGAGGGUUGCUAGGAACAACUACAAGUUGAUGGUGAAUGGAAAAGAGAAGACUUAUCACGCCAACCUACUGAAGAGGUAUGUCGAGAGGGAGCAUGCAGAUGGUAGUCAAGAAGUUUCAGCCCCAGCUGAUCAAGUUGCUGCUAUCCAUAUUGUGGAUGAGGGUGACGAGAGUGAUGGUUCUGCGAGGAUUAUAUUCCCAGCAGUUGAGCAGACCGAAAGCAUCGAUGACGUGGAGUUUGGCGACGACGUACCCGUCGACAUGCGAACUCAGAUGCAGGCGCUCUUCCGGGAAUUCACAGACGUCAUGACCGAUGUCCCUGGGAAGACAGACAUCAUUAGUCAUUCGGUGGAGUUGACUUCGGCCGAACACAUCAGAUCACGCCCCUACCCAGUACCUCAAGCACUACGACAGACGAUUAGAGAGGAAGUAGAGACGAUGCUUAGGAUGGGAGUAAUCGAAAAGUCUACAUCGCCCUAUGCGUCACCUGUGGUAAUCGUCAAGAAAAAGGACGGGAAGAAUAGAUUCUGCGUUGACUAUAGGAAGAUCAACGCUAAAACAGUCAUCGACAACGAACCAAUUCCCAACAUAGAUCAGUUGAUCGCAGAUAUCGGAGAUGCCAAGUACUUCACUAAAAUUGACUUGUCAAAAGGAUAUUGGCAGAUACCUGUUGUCGAGGAGGACCGUGGGAAAACGGCGUUUGUAACUCCUGAUGGCCAGUAUGAGUUCUUGGUACUUCCCUUUGGCAUGGUUAACGCCCCUGCUGUGUUUACCAGAAUGAUGAGGAAGGUGUUAGAUGAACUCCCUCACGUCCUUCAUUAUAUAGAUGACAUCCUCAUCUAUAGUUCGUCAUGGGAAGAGCAUCUGGAAGAUGUAAGGAGAGUCCUAUCACGAUUAAGGGAAAGUCAUCUCACUGCUCGACCGAGCAAGUGUCACGCUGCAUGUAGCUCAGUAGAAUUUCUUGGACACAUCGUGGGACAAGGUGAAGUGAAACCUACACCAGAGAAGAUCAAGCAAGUGUUGUCGUCAUCCCGACCGACAACAAAAAGGGAGGUAAGGUCAUUUCUUGGUCUAGUGGGGUACUACCGGAAAUUUAUUCCAAAUAUGGCCACCAUUGCUACCCCUCUAUCCGAUCUCACGAAGAAAAAUAGUGCUACAAAAGUAAAGUGGGAGGAAGCGCAUGAACACGCUUUCCAAACGCUUAAGAGCAGGCUGAGUCAUUUUCCUGUACCGGACAUCGAUAGCGAGUUCGUUGUGCGCACGGAUGCAUCUGAUGUCGGCAUCGGCGCCGUGUUGAUGCAAACUCAUGAAGAGAAAUUGUUUCCCAUUUGUUUUGCCAGUCGUAAGUUACUUGAUCGCGAACGCUUGUAUCCGAUAGUGGAGCGCGAGUGUCUUGCCUUAGCGUGGGCUGUUAAGAAGUUCGCCUACUUCUUACAUGGGAGGAAGUUCACGUUGCAGACGGACCACUUUCCUUUGGCAUACUUGUCGCAAGCGAGAUUGAAAAAUCCCAGAGUUUUACGGUGGGCGUUGGCAUUACAGUCCUAUAAUUUCCAUGUUGAGGUUAUCAAGGGAUCUGAUAAUGUGGGAGCAGAUUUUCUCAGUAGAUGUCCCGAAGAUUGAACGGUUCACAAAAUUGAGUGGACUAACUUUUAUAAUUUGAUAGCAUUGAAAAUCUCUAAAGCAGUAAUAUCAUUUUGGGUUGGCGGUUAUUUGUCAAGGUUAAGUGUAUGAAUCUUACUAAUUUAGAGCUUUUCUUAAAGACUGGACAUCACGUCUAGGCGAAGCGCAUACGUAUAUGCAAAAUACUAGUAAAACUUUUGUUAGGCAAAUGAACUACGCCCUAAAACCCGAUCCGAAGGCGUCGUGUACUGUAGGCCUAUUAAUUUUGGUCAUUACGUUUUAUUGGUUUGAAUGGAGCUGACAUGAUUUAUCUCGAUUUGUUUUUGCCUUAGGGGCAAUAUCAACUUCAUCGUUUUUAUUCAUUUUGCUAUAAUUUUAGCAGACACAUAAUAUGGAUUUGUCUUAUCGACGAGCUAAUCGUAUUUUAUGCUGCUAUGUCAGGAAGGAGUUUUAGAUGAUUUCUAUGGUGUAUUUCUUAACCCACAUACGUGGGUUUUUAGUAUCGAGUUUCUGAAGGCAGAGCCGUAGCAACAGUGAGUACUGAGGGUGCGUACGGGAACUCCGGACGGGACAGAAGUCUCGGGAAUCGCCCUCCGGUGUGACGUCAUAGUGAUGAGUCAUCGACGUUCGGAAUCUCCACUGACCGCGAUACACAGUUUUCUUCGAUGGGCCCAACGAAAUGAUAACAGCUAAGGACUUUAUGUUAUUCGAAUAUUGAACUUUCAUUAUUAAUUUAUUCUUUGAUGCUAUGCCAUAUUACUCACAGAUGUGAACGUGUUGAAUUUAAUUAUAAUUAAAGAUAUUUCAUUUGAUUUGUAAUCCCAAUCCAUUUUCUUUUUCGUGAUUUGUUGUGUAAACAGUACAUAGGCAAUUAUCUUUUCUCUAGAGUAUUUUUGUCCUUUGCUUUCGCACUGGGCCU